AUCUCUUGCAGACUUGUUUUUCAGGGAGAAACACUUCUCAACAUCAGAAAUUGAUCUUUGCAUUUUUUUUCUUCAUGGAAUUUUCCCAUGUAGAAAUUUCAGACGUUACUUCUACACCGAUGAGAAAAAUGGCGAAUCUCAGUGGGAUUACCCUGAGGCAAAACCUGUAGCAAACUCAGUACCCAAUAGCCAAUCAGAAGUGUCGUCUUCCAACGAGCCAGCCAUUCCGGAAGUGGCCCCACCGAGCCCGAAACCGAAGCCACCACCCCCACCUCUUCCUCCAGAUGAAGAAGAGCCAGUGCUGUAUGGCCCUCAGCUUCCUCCCACUACAACUGUCUCCCUGCCCACUGAGGAGGAAAAUCUUGCCAGUGAAAUUGAUGGCGAACCCAUGGCACCAGAUAGCUCAGAUGAAAUGCCCCCUGAAGAACCACCUAAGCCACCAGAGCUUGAACCUUCUGAACCUCUGAAAGAAGAUCUACCAGUGUUUCCUGGAGAACCCCCACCUCCUGGAACUGAAGUUCUGUUUGGUCUGCCACCUCCCCCACCUCCCUCGGAACCAUAUCCUGGGGAUGACGAAACCAGCUACAGUGUGGAUCAUGACUCACCAGAAGAUGCCGACAUGGAUGUGGAUGAUCCAGACACACCCACAUCAACAGAUGCUGAAGACUGUGUGACGUCCUCCCAUCCAGACUACAUUCUUCCAUCCAUCUCUGUCUCUUCCUCAUCUGACAUAUCAUCUGUCUCACACCACUCAACAGAAGCUCUGGAGAGUGCCCCAGUCAUAUACCGGGCUCCGCAACUAAAUGUUGCUGCUUCGUCUUCAUCAAUAUCUGCCAUUCCAUCAGCGUCUGCCUCUUCAUCAGUGAUCUCAGCGUCAUCAACUGUAGCAGUUCCUCCAUCGAUGGUGGCGGGUCCAGCAGUGAUAACAUCGCAGCCAGUAGUUCCAGCUGAGGCUGCCAUGCCGAGUUGUGUUCCCCAGAGUUCAGUGCCCAUUGACAUGUUUGCCAGCACUACUGUGAGCGAGGAGAUCUCGAGCACCUCCUUGAUGGAAACCCCAGCUUCCCUUCCCCUUCCGCCUCCACAGCCAGAGGUAGAGAAAGGACAAAAGGAGAAGAAAAAGAAGAAGAAAGAUAAGUCCAUCAGUAGCAGCAGCUUGUCCCUGAAGAAGAAGAACGUGUCAUCGCUGGUGCAGAAGUGGCAGCAGGUGAAGGUGCAGGUAGAGGAGGAGGAGAAGGUGAACGAGGAGCGGCAGAUGGCCAUCAGACAGAAACUGGAGGAGUGGAAGAGGGAGCAGGCACACAGCUGAGACAUGGGAACAUUCUACACUUUUUCUGUUGCUGUUGCCCAACCCUUCUCAAUAGUCCCCACAGUAUACACAGCAACAUCCAGCACCACGAUGGGGAAUCAUUAUCUCAUCAUGGACACCGUCACAAUGGUUCCUGUGGAAUACACAAAACUCUACUGUUCCUGGCAAACAAGAAUGUCCUCUACAGCUUUCCCUUAGGCAAGAAAUGCAGACCCAGUUGCACAAUGAGGACUGUGAUAGCGAGAGGUGUGUGUCUGUGCACCACCCAAAUCACAAUGUGCCCGAAAAGAUGGGUGUGCACAGCACGUUGGGUGACUCCCUCAGAUCCACCAGUGAGAGACUAUUCAUGCUGUGAACUGUAUUCCUGAUGUAGUCUGUCAGUACAACCCUCAGUAUGUGUGUUAUGAUGUAGUUUUAUAUAUUGGACACACGUGCAAACUGUAUGUAGCAUAAACAGUGCUCUGUCAGCCGGAUGGGCCCACACUAUCGAGAUCAUCCUGUUACAGUUCAGUUCAAUUUUGGUUACAGAGGAAUUAAUUUUCAUUUGAUCUAUAAUGUCAUAUCUUUCAGGAUCUGAUUAUUUCCAUGAUUUUAAGUUGCACCACUCAGCUUCAACUGACAGACAUAAAGGACUCAUGUUGUUUGAAGUUCCACACGAAUAAGAAACAUAUCAGCAGGCAUCGGAAGAGUUUGUAGUCUGUCAACACUACACAAUCCUGCUGAUGUGACGUUAAAUGUUAACUCACAACAUCGGGCAGGGCAAGGAGACGAGAACAGGAGGGUUUAAAGAGUUCUGUAUGAUGUGUGAUUACAGUCAGUGCUGUAUGUGCUUAAAUCAAUCAUUAGAAUGUACUAGAAUAGUACACUACAUAGAACUGACUUUGUUUUCUAUGACGCCACCUUCUCGAGUUCCAGUGACAAUAUCCUCAGCAUUGCAUGUAACAAAUAGUCAGUAUUCAACCAUACAGUCAUGGAUAGUGCACAUUUGCUGUUUCAGCAGUAUUCUCUGACUCAGUUGUAUUGUUA